AGUCAUACAAGUCAGCAAAUGAGCACCAUCAGCGACAAAUGUCGUACAUUUUGAGUUCUUCAAGUCACUCGCCAAAUUCCGAACAGAUAACUGCUCCUCCAGACAAUAGCAGUGGCCAGUUAAUAACAAGUUCACAGCAGUCACACAGCAGCCUGAGUCUCCAAAACACRACGAAUUCGCUCGCUGUGAAUAAUUCAHGCRACCCAGCAGCUUUAAAUGGUGUUUUUCCUGGAGCGAAUAUCAGCAGUAUCUCUCAAUGUCAGUUCCAGAUCUUCAAUGGCCCAGUUAAGUUAAUCCAACAAGGUGCAAAGCGACGUUAUGUUAUUGAGAGCGACGACGAAGACUAA